CCUGCGUCUUUACUUUGGCCCUCUGGUGUCCCUUGACGUCGUCUCAGUUCCUACGUGUCAAUUCAUACACUAUAUACCAAAGGUAGUAUAAGCAUCAAGACAACAUGAAGUUCACAUCUAGCCUCGCCGCUGCCAGUGUGCUGGCCGGUGUUCUUGCUUCGCCUAUAGCUAUCACCGAGACAUCUUCGUUGGCCAAACGAGCUGUCGACGCCGCUCUCUUCGCAAAAUUGAAAUACUACGUUCAAUACGCCGCCGCAGCCUACUGUUCCAACAACGAUGACAGCUCUGGCACUCCCAUCACCUGCGCGACGGGCAACUGCGCCGAUGUCGAAGCCGCCAAUGCUGUCUCCAUCCUUGAGUUCGAGUGCUCCAUCCUCACCGACAUGAAAGGCUUCCUCUCCGUCUCCACCGUGCGCCAGGAAAUCGUCCUCGCCUUCCGCGGCUCCUCCUCCAUCCGCAACUUCAUCGCCGACCUCAGCUUCUCCUACGUCGACUUCGGGUGCUCCGGCUGCUCCGCCCACGCCGGCUUCGCAACCGCCUGGUACGAGCCCCGCUCCGCCAUCCUAGCCGCCCUCAAGACCGCUCGCGCCCAGUACCCCUCCUACAAGAUCGUCAUCACUGGCCACAGCCUCGGCGGCGCCGUCGCCACCCUCGCCGCCGGUGACCUGCGCUCUCAGGGAUACGCCGCCGACCUCUACACCUACGGUUCGCCGCGCGUGGGCAACGGCGCCUUCGCCUCCUGGGUCUCCGCGCAGCCCGGCACCACGGCGCGCGUAACUCACGUCAACGACCCCGUGCCGCGCCUGCCACCGAUGCUGAUCGCCGGGUACCGUCACACCACCCCCGAGUAUUGGCUGAGCACGGGAUCGGCGACGAAUGUGGAUUACACGCUCGCGGAUAUCAAGGUGUGUGAGGGGAUCUCGACGACGAGGUGUAAUGCCGGGACGAUCCCGACGCUGAAUCUGGAUGCGCAUCGCUAUUACUUCAUCGCUGCCACCACGUGUGCGCCGAAGCUGGUGUUUAAGAGGGAUGAGCAGAUGUCGCCGGCUGAUGGGGCGGCUAGUAAUGAGGAGAUACUUUCGUGGAUGACGGCGGAUGCUGCGGCUAGCCCCACCGAGUUGUCUGCUACGACAUGAUGGGGGGUAGAUAGCUGAGCUGGACUGGGCUGUUGGCUGUGGAUAUACUUGACUUGAAAAUGGAUGUGAGUAACGCUGUAAAAUUAUAUAAAAGGCAAUGUUAUGGACUUGAUGAUAAGGGAGGAAGUAAGUAGGUCGCGUUAAACAUAUGACGGCUUUCAAGACAUAGGA